AUUGGAUUAUAGAAUGAAGUACAAGUAUAUCCAAUUUUGACCAAGUAAACCAAUCCCACUUGGCCACUACCUUCUUCUUCGCCGUUACAUAUUGGAGUACUUUUCUUACCAGAUAAGUAUAAAAUCUCCAGUAUAAACGUAUGUCCUAUAACGCCAACAUUAAGUAAACACACAAAAUCCCAAAGAAAUUAGUAUUAGAAAUAGAGAUGGAAAUGGAAAAAAAGCUUUAUGAUGCUGCUUUUCAUGGAAAUGUCGCAAUUUUUAAAGAAUUAAUCCAAGGAGAUCCCUUACUUCUUGACAGAAUUACCCUUACAGACACUCCCUUACACGUAGCUAUCCUACGUGGCCAUCUCCAGUUUGUUAGGGCUCUGCUGAGUCACAACUCUCGACUCGCUACUCAGUCUGACUCGCUUGGUCACUUACCUCUCCAUGUGGCUUCCGCCAAAGGUUAUCUCGAGAUUGUUCGCGAGUUGCUUCGUGUGGGGCCCGCAAGUGCGUGUUUGGCUCGGAGUAAGGAUGGGAAAUUGCCGAUUCAUUUGGCGGUGAUGAAGGCGGUUCGAGUUGAGGUCGUGAGUGAGUUGGCUAGGGCGAGUCAUGAGUCGACUCGGUUGCGAGUUGAUGGAGGAGAUACGGUUUUGCAUUUGUGUGUGAAGUAUGAGAAUUUGGAAGGUUUGAGAGUGUUGAUGGAGGUGGUGAGAAGUGAGAAUGAUAGUGGAAGUUUGAUUAAUUUGAGAAAUGAUGAUGGGAACACGGUUUUGCAUUUGGCUGCUCUCUACAAGAAUUUGGAGAUCACAAAAUACUUGCUAGCAACACCAGAAAUUGAACCAAAUGCAGUAAACAACAAUGGUCUUACACCUUUAAACUUGGUUGAAAACUCACCAAGAGACUUAAAAACACUUGAACUACACAACUUCCUUCUACAAUCCAACUUUCUCAAAUCAACCCAUAACCCAUCAUCUUCUCAAUCACCCGCAAAAUCCCAAUCAAACAUCCCAACACAACCCAACUCUAAAAAGUCAUGGAAAACAUUUUUCACCUUCACAGAACACAAUAUUAACCAAUUAGAAGAUAUGAAAGGCAAAAUCUUGAUAACUUCAGCUUUGAUUGCUAUGAUUAAUGCAUUACCCAUCAUAUAUUUGAGGGUAAACGGGCCUGAUAUACCCGACCAAUACUCAAUAAACUCGGCCUCAUUUGUGCCUGCUGUUACAAUUAUGGUACUGUUAGUUGCUGGUUUACCUUUGGAAAACAGGUUUUGUGCUUGGCUUAUAGUGCAGUUAAUGUACACUGCACUCGGGUUUAUGGGUUUGAAUUACAUUGGAGAAAUGAUAUCUAAUGAAAAUCGAUACUCGAGAUUCGAUAUUGCUCUUGUUUUUAUGAUGAUUUGGUUCGUAUUGUUGAUGAUACUUAGUGCACUUAACAUCAUACGCUUGAUAGUCUUGUUUGUUACGACGAUUAAAAGGAGGUCGAAGCGAAGAAAUUUGCGCAAUAUAAGAGAGAAUGCUUUGUCAAGUGCUUGAUGAAAGGGUGAAUUGAUCUGAAUUUGGGUCUGUAUUUUAGUUUUCUUUGUUGGAUUGAUGUAUAUGUUGCUCUGUUCAAGUUGUGUUCAUAUUUUAAUUUGUGUGUUAAGAAGAUAAAAAUAGAGGAGAUUGUGGUUAAAAUGUAAAUUCAAUGAAUAUAUAUGUGGACGCUUUAUUAGUUUACUAUCAUUUGUAAUGUGUCUUUUAUUGCUACAUGUAAAUUCAAUUUUGUUUAUCUUUAUUUGUAUAGUUUAAUUUUUGUUUUCUUUAUA